AGAAAAAUGGAUGAUGAUGAUUCAUUCGAUGAGUUGUCAGUGCCAGAUGACUGGCUGGAUCAAAAGAGCAAGCGAAGCGCUCCAAAUACCUCAGAUGCAGAGUCAGAGCCGACUCCACCCAAAAGGGCCAAAUUGUCGAAUGAACAAUUUUCUGCUGCUCAGCCUUCAUCUUUAGCACCAGAUUAUACUUAUAAUAAUUUAAAUAAAGAAGACAGCAAGAGCUCUAGCAAAAGUGGAACUGAUUUCCAUUUAAAUUAUAGGCUAAAUGUUGACAAACAAGGACAGCCAGAUGGCAGUUUCAUUACAUCUGCUAAUCAAAAUGGUCAUGUGAUGCAGUCAUGUACGGGAUUAGGUGGUGCAAAAUGGGAGGCUGUGAGUCUUAAUGAGAAUGAGGAUCCAAGUAGUCCUGCUGAAACCCUUGAGGACUCCUCUGUCAAUGAGCCUGACACUUUUGAGGAAAUGAAAGUUGAUGAUACUCUUGAAAAUGAAUUUGGAUUGGAAGUGAAACCUGAAAAUAAUAAUGAUGACAUCAAACAGAAGAAUAUGAACAUCAGUGAAGCCGGGGAAGCUAUUCCAAAGCCAGAUCCUAAAGUCCUCAAAAAUGAAAAUAAUAUUAACAAUUCUAGUGAAACGUUGGUUGUGAAAAAUGGAUCUGUUUCCGUGACACCAGAAAGUGCUUCAGCAACAUUACUCGGUGCACAAACAAAACCAGAGCAGUUGGAAAAGAAAAUACAUCUCCACAAGAGUGCAUCCAUCAUCAGAGAUGCCGAUAUAGUGGCAGGUAUCGUCAAAAAUAAGGAUUUAAAUGAAAUAUAUGAUACUCUGCUUGACCACCAGGACCGAGAAGACAGGCUCGAUUUUGUGACAGUCCAACUUUUAGAGGCGAAUAAUUCUACGCCUUCCCCAAAUGUAACAACGGGGGAUAUUUUUAAAGACCUUCAGCAUGUGAUGUCGGAAGUUCCAUCUGCCGAUGCCAAUGAAGUCUAUGCAAUGCUCGAGUCGCUUCCUCCUCGCAAAAAUCGUGCCAAAGCAGUUGUUACAAAACUUAAAAAGCAUGCAGCAUCAGGGGAAUUUAAUACUCCUCACCCUCCCCCGCCAAAGAAAGACAGUUCAUUUAUUGAUGAUCCCAUGCUUGCAAACGAUCCUCUUUUUAGGGACAUGAGAACAAUAGCCAAAAUGUUUCCUGAAAGGGACAGAAAUGAAAUCUAUGCUUUUCUUGAAGCACACUAUAAUAAAAGUGACAGGCUUCAAGUUGUUAUUAAUGAAUUAAUCAAUGCUGAAAAUGACUUGGAGCAGCAAACUCAAGGCCUGGGUUUACUAAUGAGUCAUCCGAGUUUUGUUGGCAAAGGGUUAUCGAAAGAAACGGAAGGUAAUUUCUGUUUAGGCUUAAAAAUCAUUGCAUUACAAUUAACAUUACAUCGUUUAAGUAAAAAAAUGUAUAGUAAUUAUUAGAAAUAAUUGUGCUUUUCUUAACAGUUGGUGCAUCUAGGAAAAGAACAAGUUCUUUAGAAUGUGCCCAAUCUUACAGGUGGGGCUGGUGAUUGAGUGCAUCCAACCCACAGACGUCCCUCUAACUCUAAAAAUAGUUUAUUACUAAUUCAGUGAUAAUCAAUAAACAUGUAUUUAAACCAUUUUGUUUUCACCAGAAACAUUUGAUCAGGAAGUUGAGAGAAUGAAAAUGAUUUUUCCUGACUGUGAUCCAGACUACCUCUAUGAGCAGCUUGAGGCCAUGAAAAAUGAACCAAAACGGACAGAUAUUGUAGCGGCUAAACUUAUUGAGGACAGAAACUAUCCAAAGUUGAAGGUCCGACUGGAAAAAGAGAAAGAGAAAGAGAGGAAAGUGAUAGCCUCGAAACGAGAUAUGACAGUGCCAGAAUUUUUACAAAAAUUUCCAGAUGCAAAGAAAACAUUUAUGAGUUUAGAAAAGCAGCCCUCCGAGCUUUACCUGGAACAUGCAGAGAUAUGUUUGAAAAAUGAAUUCCCAAUGCUAAGAGUAGGAUACCUCAGGAAGAUUUUAGCAAAGCACACAGGACAUUUGUAUCCAGCGUACCAAGAGAUAUCUGAACAUGUUGUCCAUACACCAAUUAGUGA